CCGCAUUCGUGGGGGUGUGUUGAGUGCGCAUUGAACGGUCCGACGUCGUUACACUGAGAGUGUGUGUGUGCAACGCUAUUCCUCGUCGUUUUCGGUCGUAGCGAAUCUUCUUCUAAGCUCACGCAAAAAAUCCCGUGCAAUUACCAUAGCCCGUGUGUGGUUCUGUGUUUUGGCGAAUUUGUGGCCCCGAUUAGGUAUCCUGUAAUCAGGACAGCUUAAAGUACGUGCCCAAGUCAUAGUUAGGAGCCCCAGCCGUAGGCAACGAGCAGCGUCUUUCGAGAAGCCAUAGUAUCGAGCAACAGAUCAAGAAAUGGGAAAUGAAACCUCGCUACCGAUGGAGCUCUGCUCAAACUUUGACGCGGACGAAAUCCGUCGAUUGGGCAAACGCUUCAAGAAACUGGAUCUCGACAAUUCGGGCGCACUGAGCAUCGAUGAGUUUAUGUCCCUGCCAGAGCUGCAGCAAAACCCGCUGGUGCAGCGUGUGAUCGACAUUUUCGACGCGGACGGCAAUGGGGAGGUCGAUUUCAAGGAGUUUAUCCAGGGCGUGUCGCAGUUUAGCGUAAAGGGCGACAAACUGUCCAAGCUGAAAUUUGCCUUCCGAAUAUAUGACAUGGAUAACGAUGGAUACAUCUCGAAUGGGGAACUAUUUCAGGUGUUAAAAAUGAUGGUCGGUAACAAUCUGAAGGAUACGCAACUGCAGCAGAUCGUAGACAAGACGAUCGUGUUCGCCGACAAGGACGAGGAUGGCAAGAUAUCGUUCGACGAGUUCUGUUCGGUGGUGGGCAACACCGAUAUUCAUAAAAAGAUGGUCGUGGAUGUCUAAAGAUUCUCGUGCUGGGUUCGGUUUACCUCUCCGCCAAGGGCAUAGGCACCAUCAAUAUGUAGUAAUGAGCGGUACAGUCCGUCGCGUACUGGGUAAAAACACACAAAGAAACAAUUCGUCGUCCUGCAAGCUUCAUUUGAAACACUAUUGCAAUAAUCUGCACCUUAAUCUCCCACCCGCGGUGUUGCUACGAACGAUGGUGAAAACAGUGUGGGAUGAUUACGAAUGGGUAGUUUUGUCACAAUUUUACCAUUUUUACCUAUUCACCCAGCGACACACAUAGCCCCAGAUAUACUUACACAAACCUAUCCUAUACAAUCGCUUACGUGUCAUAUUUGGAAACGCUCUCGCAUCAUCUGUUUUAUUCCGUCGUUGAUUUAAUUCCGAUGAAAAUGGUAACAUAUUUGCAUCAGAUGCAACUAUUAAAAAGAAAGGUAAAUAGUUACGGUGCGCGUGCAAUAAGGGUUUUGUGAUGGUACUAUCCAGUGUUUAUCUUUCAAUUUCAAUUAAUCUACCGUUCAUCAAUAUGUCCUUAAAAAACAAUAUUUUUGUUUGUUUGUUUGUUCGUAAAUGUUUAAGAGAGAGGCAAUUCAUGUUUUACCUAUUUACAUAUUGUUACAAUUGUCUCCUUGUGCGGUUAGUCUGUGAAACUUCGUUAUCAACGUUUUUAAAACAGCAAGAGACGAUUAAUUAUGCUUAGCAUUAUACGUUAUAUGAGUUUGUUUUGUUUCAAUCGAUUACACUUACAUAUUAUAUAGACCAAUGUAGUUAAGUAAUAAUAUUAAUAAAAAAAAGUGCGAUCUGCCGAAGAUGGAUUAACUGGUGAAUUAACUCUGGCAGAAAGUGGCAGCAGAAAAGGAAUGAAUGUGGAAUGAAUAAACACAUUUAAUCUCAAAUCCACCGCCCAUAGCCAAUGGAAAUUUGCAAUUGUUUCGUCGUCUCCAACUGCAUGUCCAGGAUACCUUACCCUUUCCUUUGGUUCCAUCGUCAAUGGUAUAUGUUUUUAUUUUACUGUUUUGUUACUAAUGUGUCGAAAGGGGAAAAAAGCGUCAAGCGAAUUGUACUUCAUUAAUUCAGAUAGAUCAUUAAGAUAAUUAAAAAAGCAUUAAUAUAAUGUAAGCACCAUUCUUCUCUCGAUCUUUAAUCUUAACGUUUAAAAGAGUAAGGAGAAGGGACUACAAGCACCAAACAAAUGCGCAGGAUCAUUUGGAAAAAGUCUAAAUACGGAACAGAUAAAACCUAUACUAAACUAUUGAUCAUCGUCACUUGCGUCAUACAAUUGUGAAGAAUGCUUUUUUUAAUACAAACAAAGACAAAAUACAAUCAGUGGUAGGCAGCAAACAUUGUUUUCAAUAGAAUGGCAUCAAUUAGCAAACAAAAAACCCAAACCAUAGGAAAGUUCAUAAUGAAACAAAAGAAAGGAAACUACUGUUAACAUCUUUUACGAAAAAAGUGGAUGUUUUUGGUAUCAAUUCAUCUAUUCUAUUAUGAAACAAUUGCGCAAAAUGCAUACCAAAAACUAGACAAGAUGACGCGUUAUUCGUACUUACGCAUGUUCGAAUCAACAUCAACUUAUGAAUGGAUUGCAAGUUUGUUAACAUAGUUCUUAACCCAAUGUUUAUGUGCAGGAUAACGCGAAGGAUACAUCUCUCUUCCGUUCAUUUUCUUUCAACCUUUUGCUAAAACCACCAACGUACUAACACAUUGUUCAAUGGCUCUCCGAUUAGCGUAAUCUGCAUUAAGUGAACUUUUGGUAGUAUCAUCAUCGCAUGCUAAUUUCAAUUCCCAACAUAACAAAAUCAUAAGCAAAACCACCACCAUCCAUUUAGCUGCAUCAUCGUAUGCAUCAGUGCAAGAGCCAUAUUUUCACGUUUGAACAGUUUCUUAGGUUAGGAGUAAAUUUACUUACAAAGGAGUGCGUAAGAUUCGAGACAUAUUUAUACAACAUCCUUCUGUGGAUCGUCAAGGAGCGUGGAUCAUCAUGAACCAUCAGCACAAUUGCAUAUGGCGUGUCCUUACACUUACGUGCAUGAUUGUGGUGUGCAAGAGGGACAACUAAAUGAAAGCAGUCGAAUCACAUGACCGUUAAGGGAAUGAUGCUGCAUCAUAUUACCUGCGCGGCUCGCAAUGCCAUUGUCUCUGUGUCCCCCCAUGCGUUUGUACGUUACAUGCACUCAAUGCAUCGAGGAUGCACCACAUGCACAGUAGUUUAUGUUGUUCAUUGAUAACGCUCUUGAGACUAAACACCACGAAUCUCUCCAAAAUAGUGUGUCGUGUGUACACGACGAUGCUAAAUGACGCUUUUCUGGAUUAAAAUCUUUGCAUCGGUGUCAUUUUCACAAGUUCACUAAAAAAUAUCGAUAAAAGAACCAUACCGAAACACGGGAAGGAACUCUAAGCGCCGAAUGGUGGCGACAGAUUAUCUCUAACUAAUGUGCUACGAAUAAAGAAGAACUCUAUCUGAAAGAUA